AAAACGUAGCUGGACCCUCAUGACUCCCGGCGUGUGGCUGAUACAGUUACCUGCAGGACAGUGAACCACUGAGGCUGCAUUUGUUACUUGAACAUUAAGAGACUAGAAGUUCGGUCGUUCACUGUGCUGGCUGGAUUUGCUUGUGUUUGUUCUUAGCCACUGCUCAUGUAAUGCACUCCCUUAACCAGGAAAUUAAGGCAUUCUCCCGGAAUAAUCUCAGGAAGCAAUGCACCAGGGUGACAACGCUAACUGGAAAGAAAAUUAUAGAAACAUGGAAAGAUGCCAGAAUUCAUGUUGUGGAAGAAGUAGAGCCGAGCAGUGGGGAAGGAUGUGGUUAUGUGCAGGACCUUAGCUUGGACCUGCAAGUUGGUGUUAUUAAGCCAUGGUUGCUCCUGGGGUCACAAGAUGCUGCUCAUGAUCUGGAUACACUGAAAAAGCACAAGGUGACUCAUAUUCUCAAUGUUGCAUAUGGAGUUGAAAAUGCUUUCCUCAGUGACUUUGUAUAUAAGAGUAUUUCUAUAUUGGAUCUACCUGAGACCAAUAUCCUGUCUUAUUUUCCAGAAUGUUUUGAAUUUAUCGAACAAGCAAAAAUGAAGGAUGGAGUGGUUCUUGUUCACUGUAAUGCAGGAGUUUCCAGGGCUGCUGCAAUUAUAAUAGGCUUCCUAAUGAAUUCUGAAGAAAUCUCAUUUACCAGUGCUUUUUCUUUGGUGAAAAAUGCAAGACCUUCCAUAUGUCCAAAUGCUGGUUUUGUGGAGCAGCUUCGUACAUAUCAAGAGGGCAAAGAAAGCAAUAAGUGUGAUAAAAUACAGGAAUUAGAAGAAACAACAGUGCCUGAGUUACAUUCUAGCUGAUGAUGGACAACUGUAAUUUCUGAGUUGGUCUCUAGAGCCACCUUUCCCCUUUUUGAGAGUAAACUAGUAGAAACUUCCUUUUCUCAUGUUUUUUUUCAAGUGGAAAUAGAGGUCAAUUGAUUGUCCUAAGUUAGGGUAUAAAUAAAUUUUUUAAAUUCUAUCAUGUUUUCUUUAGUAUUAUAAUGUGUGAUUAAAUGCUGCUUUGAUUUGCUAAGGGAAACUAACAAUGUAUUACCAAUAAUUCAUUUCUGUAGAAAGAAAAGGUUUAAAUUUAAAAUUUAUAUUAAAGCAUGAAAGAUUAAAUUAGUUGAUUAAAACUUUUGGUAGUUUUCUAUUCCAGCAACUGUUUCCAUGAAGGAAAAAACUUGAAGUGCUACUUGACUUACUAUUUCAGAGGGAGGUAAAUUUCUUUGUGAAGAAUUUAAGAUUAAAAAACAAUACCUUAAACCUCCCAAAAGAGGUAACCAAAAUCUGAAGGUUUACACAAUAUUUAUGUAGUAGUUACGAUAUUCACAAGAUUUUUAUGUCCUUUUAUGAAAAUGUACCCACUUUUCAUUUUGAUUCUUUAAUUUAACUGUAUUCCCUGUGUUUAUUUUUAAAGUUUUUUGUAUAGCUAUUUUCUCUUACUUUAUUGUGAGCUUAUGGUUCUUUUAUUAGGUGAUUAGUCUCUUACAUUGUAUGCUUUUUAUUCUGGAUCCCUAGCAUUCUAUUUUUGGGUCUGACAUCAUAAUUUUCUGAUCUCCUUGGAUCUGUGGGAAAGUGUUUUAUACUAAAAAAUCAUUUUUAAAAUGUGGUUUGAUUAAUGAUCUGUUUUCUAGUUCAGUAUUCUACUAGGGAACAUAUUUUUAAGGAAAGAACAGUUAUGGUUUUGUAAGAAAUUUUACAUACAUUUUUAAAAAGCCCAAAAUCAUUUACAAUUUUAUUUCUGGCCAGAGGCUUUGAUUAGUUUUUUUUUUUUUU